GCUCGGUCGCAGCUCCAUGCUCCGCCGUUCGCAGGAUGAGUAGGAACUAUAUAAUAAUCGCCUCCUCGCCGUCCCCGCCCAGCCCCUCUGCCUCUCUGCCCUCGCCCGCCACAUGCACGCCGUACACGCACCCCCCGCCAUGCCCAACGCGUUCCCCCCGUUCGAGGACGAGAGCGACGCGUCCUCCGUGAUGUCCACUUCGACCCGCUUCCCCAGUGCAGCCACCUCCGCCACCUCUCACGACUUGGAGAUGCGGUCCGCGUCCCCAGCGCCUUCGGUGUAUUCCAUGACGAGCUCUCUCCGCGCCGCAUCAUAUCGUCGUGAGUAUGGAAGGGGCAUCAACAACUACUCGGAGGUAUACCGCUUACCUGCGGACGACGAGGAGUUUGAGCGCCUUGACCAACAACACAUCAUCUUUAUGGAAGUGAUGGGCAAGUAUCCGCCGCCACUGGCGCAAAUCCUCGCCGACGACACGCCCGGUGAGCCCAAGACAUGCGUGGAUCUGGGCUGUGGAAGUGGAAGCUGGAUACUUGAUGUGUCGCGGGACUUCCCGCACUGCAGCACGGUCGCAGUCGACCUCGUUCCCAUGCAGGCACUCAACAUGCCGCCGAACAUGAGGAGCGAGGUCGACGACAUCAACCUGGGCCUCCAACACUUUUUCGGCGAUUUCAACGUCGUCCACGCCCGCCUUGUUUCAUCUGGGAUCCGGGACUACGAGGGGCUGGUCGAUCAGAUGAGCCAGUGCCUGCGCUUGGGUGGUCUCCUCGACCUUACCGAGUUUGAUUUCCGUGUCUACGGAGUCGACAAAAACCCGAUCCUCACGGAGGGGGUUUCGUGGCUCGCACAGUGGAUGAACUUGUGCCACGACGCCGUUCACCGCAACGGCGGGGAACCAGACGCUGCGAACCAUCUCCGUCGAUGGGUAUCGCAAAGCCCCGUGUUCGAGGAGGUUGUAUACCGGGAGUUCUGGUUCCAGACAUCCCCUUGGAGAGCUGGCACCGAUGCCGCAACCAUCCGCCAGAAUCGCAUCUCACAUGUGUUCAGGGACGAUAUAUUGGCAUUUCUACGAUCUGGCAGGCCACUCCUCCUCGGCAGUGGGCUUUCAGAGGAAGUCGUCGACGAAGUCGAGGAGAACGCUCGCGUUGAGCUCUUGGAGGCACGGACUCAGACGUACAUUCGUGUCGAGAACGUCUACGCUCUUCGGAGGCGCGAUUAAUCAAGCUCAAGGCUCGCUGCAUUUUGGACGGUAUUUUACUCGCGAUCGUAAUUGCAAGCAGUUGUACGUUGUGUUCCGUUUAUCAUUAUCACGUCCUCGCUUCGGACAUUAGUUUACGUCGUUCUAGCGUAGUGUACAACAUCCAUCCUCGUCAUAGCUAUCUCAGUACCGUCGCUACGAUCUCUUCCAGUCAUAUGCAAAUGCAGCAUGCUUCCGAUUUAAUCCACAUAA